CUACGGUUCUUAUUGAAAACUGUGCUAUGAGAGAAGAAGUGUUUGGAUUUGACUUAUUCUAGUCUUUCCGUUUCCUUUUUGUAGGGUGAAAUAAAUAAAAAUGAAGGCUAAAGGACAGCUUAAAGAAUAUGAAGUCAUUGGCCGAAAAUUGCCAACGGAGAAAGAAAAAAAUACUCCAUUGUACAGAAUGAGAAUAUUUGCACCAGAUGCAAUUGUUGCAAAAUCUCGUUUCUGGUACUUUUUACGUCAAUUGAAAAAAUUCAAGAAGUCCACCGGUGAAAUUGUAAAUUUGAAAGAAAUUCCAGAAAAGACACCAAUCAAAAUAAAGAACUUUGGAAUUUGGCUCCGAUAUGAUUCACGUUCUGGAACACAUAACAUGUACAGAGAAUACCGUGAUCUUAGUGUUUCGGGAGCUGUAACUCAAUGUUAUCGUGAUAUGGGAGCACGCCAUCGAGCUAGAGCUCACUCAAUUCAGAUUAUUAAAGUAGAAGUUGUAAAAGCUGCUAAUUGCCGAAGACCACAAGUAAAACAAUUCCACGAUUCAAAAAUACGUUUCCCAUUACCAAAACGUAUCAAUCAACGAAACAAAAUGCCAAGGUUCUCCGUUCGUAAACCACGAACAUUCUUCUUAUAAGUUGAUUAUAUUAUUGUAUAUUGUGGCUAUACAUAAGGAAAUAAAUUCAAACUUUAUUUAAAAAAAU